UUCUGCAUUUUUCAAAAAAUUAACUUCCUUGAAAGUGAAGGAUUGCAAUGGGCUUAUGUACUUCAUGACAACUUGCACUGCUAAAAGUCUCGUCCACCUCACAAGCUUAGAGGUUAGCAAUUGUGGGAUGUUAGAGGAAGUUGUGAUGACGGAUGAUGAAGGAGGAUCAGAAGAAGAGGUCAAAUUUGAAAGCUUGAAGUAUUUGGAACUAACUUGUUUAACAGGCCUCAACAGCUUUUGCUCUGGAAAUCACGCCUUCAUAUUCCCAUCUUUGGUGACACUUAAAGUGAUAGGAUGCCACAAAAUGCAAAAUUUUUCAUCUGGAUUCAUAGUUGCCCCAUUUGUGAAAUCCGUGGAAGUGGAAGAUGGAAAGGAACGUUGGAAAGGGGACCUUAACUCCACCAUUAAACAGUUAUUCAUAGACAAGGCAAUUGGAGAAGGAAUUGAAGAUGACCCCAAAGAAUCUUCAAGCAGUCAGAUACAGGAAAAGAGUGUAGGCAAAAGCAGAGCAUUAAGCAUUGAGGAGCAUGGAGCAGAGUCAAGGGCUGAUGAUGAGAUUGUUGAUUUAGGGAAGCAAGAAAUCCACAGACUUCCUAUUCCACAUACAGGUAUUGACACUCAAAAGAUCUGUGAAAUCGCUGAGACGCUCUUGGAUCAAGCUUGUCAAAACACACUAAGUCUUACAAAAGUUGAUGCAGUUGUUGAGAUUCGGGAGAUGCAUGAAACUUGUGGAGGAGAUGUUGCUCAGGAUGCUGAUAACACAUUGAGCAUUACCAUGGUUCAAGAUGCAGAUGGUGUUAGGAAUCAAGAGAUGUACAAGAUCUUAGACAACGCCUUAGUUCCAGUUGCUCAAAAUGUAGUAAGCUCUUCCGUGGUUUACAAUGCAGCUAUUGAUCCAUCAACUUCACAAGCUUCGGAAGCCCUGAUCCAAGAUGAAGUUUGUAAUGCAGAUGGAUCACAGGAUUUACAACUUCAUGCAAGUGAAAAUUUACGGGUCCAGACCACAAGAUCUAUUCCGAAUGAUGGCGAAGAAAAUACAGAGAUUAAAGAGAUGUAUAAAACCAUUCAAAGACCGUUGGUUCAAAAUGCUGAAGACAUGUUCAUCCCUGCCUCAAUUCAAGACAUAGCUACUGGGACUCAUGUGACGCAAGAGAGUAUUGAUAAACCCUUCGUUCAAGCUACAAGAACCGCAUGGGACAUUACCAUAAUACAGGAGAAAGAGGAAUUACAUGACUCAGACAUUAAUCUUAGUAAGAAUUUGUUCAACCAGAUCACUACUUCAAUUGCUGCAGACAACAGCGAAACCGUUGGGACUCCAGAGGUGUAUGAAUCCAAGGGCAGAUUCACAGUUCAUGAUGCUCAAAAUGUAGCGAGUCAUUCCAUGGUCGACGGUGCAGGAAAAUCGGAUGGCUCAGAGAUAGUUCUGGGAAAUAACUUAUCCCGUGGAACUACAAACUCUGCAAUAACGGCUGAAAACAGAGCACCUAAUGAUCGAGCUCCUUCACAAGCUUCAGAAGCUCCAUCUUCAUCAACUCCCCCAGAUGUUUGCAACAGCUUUAAGGAAUUGGACAUUUCCGUACAGUUGCUCCCAUAUUUGGAGGCUGGGGUGAAGAAACAUCCUCAAGUUCUUAAUUGGCUCACCACAAAGCGACGAAGAGUGUUUGCUUCCUCCUUCCUUUCCUUAUUUGCUGAGGUGACUCGUAUUUUGAGGACCACUCGGAGAAUGAACUUAACAGAAGAUGAUCGAAACUACGUCAGACAGUGUUGCGCAGAGUUACAAGGCGUUGGCUUUGAUGAUCGCUGGAUCAGUUAUGUGCACAGACGCAUUGAGGAAUGUGGAGAUGAAGAAGACCUGGAGAUGAAGGUUGAGGAGGUUGAAGAUCAACUCGAGUCCAUCAACAAGGAGUUAGCUUCUAUGGAGGAAUCCUUAGUGUUGUUGCGUGACAGGUCCAGUAGGCUGCAUGGUUAUAUAUGUUUAUCUACGCUGAUAAAUGCAUUAUUUAUCAUCUUAUUCUUCAUCAUUAUAUAUGUUUAUCAGAAGAAAAAUUGAUAUUUGAAGAAGGUACGGUGUGGCGUUAUUGAAAAUUGGGGGAAAAACAGAAGAAAGCAGAGAAGUAGAUAAGUUACAAGGAGCCGAGGAUUAAUUGGAAUCAUCCAUCUCCAUGCUUGAGUUUUGUACUUCUUUCAUUUCGUGGAUGCUAAAACAGAACAUUUUGAUAUUUUUCUUACCACAGAACUUUUCAGUCUU